UUUACGAGUAAUCACAACAAGCGGAAUUUGCUCUCGUUUUUGUCAGUGCUAUUUUGGGUGAAUAAUUCGCAAAUCAUCGGUAUCGUGCAUCGGAAACAGUGAACGGUCAGCUGCGCUUCAAACAUAAUGGGAAACCAGUUGGUAGGUCUAGCUCCGUCGCAGAUUUUCCCCGUCGAGCACUACCUAACUGGAUCCUUCGAAUCCGAUAUGCAGUAUGAAUCGGGAAUGGGCAGUACCAGGUUCCUGAAGGUGGCACGAGCCAAAACCGACGAAGGUCUGGUGGUGGUGAAAGUUUUCGUGAAACAUGAUCCAUCGCUGCCACUGGAGCAGCACGUAGAUAAGAUAGAGUACAUCAAGAAGAACCUAGCCAAUGCCGUUAAUUGUUUACCGUUUCAGCGAGUGUUGACAACCGAACGGGCCUGUCUCAUCAUCCGUGAGUACGUGAAGCACAGUUUGUACGACCGAGUUUCGACCCGUCCCUUUUUGACGCUGAUCGAGAAGAAAUGGAUCACGUUCCAAAUCCUGUGCGCCAUGCAUCAGUGUCACAAGCAGAAGAUCUGCCACGGAGAUAUCAAGCUGGAGAACAUAAUGAUAACCUCUUGGAAUUGGAUUCUGCUGUCGGAUUUUGCCUCCUUCAAACCGACAUCCCUCCCGGAGGAUAACCCGGCGGACUACAGUUUCUUUUUCGACACAAGUCGCAGACGGACAUGCUACAUUGCUCCGGAACGAUUUGUCAAGUCGGCCAGUGGGGAAUCGAAACCGGAUGGUCCCCUGGUGGGAGACGGACCUUGUUAUACUGGUAAUCUUCAACCCGAAAUGGAUAUAUUUUCCGCUGGGUGUGCUUUGUUGGAAUUGUGGACCGAGGGAACUGCUCCGUUUGAAUUUUCUCAGCUUUUAGCGUAUCGUCGAGGGGAAGUAGAAAUGGUCAACAAGCAUCUGGAGUGCAUUGACAAUGAUCGGUUGAAAAGUUUGCUGCAAUCGAUGUUGAGCCCAAAUCCAAAGGAUCGUAAGUCGGCGGAGAUCUACCUGGACCAAGAGCGGGGAAAGCUUUUCCCGGAGUACUUCUACUCAUUUUUGCAAUCGUACCUGCAAAUGUUUUCGACGAUUCCGAUUGUUCCUGCAGACGAAAAGAUCACCAGAUUGCAUUCGGAUAUUGAUCAGAUAGUUAAGUUUGUCACCGGUGGAGAUGCGCAGCAGCAUGAGGCAGUUGAGCAUAUUGAUUACGGGGGAACAGAGAAUCCGGAAAACUUCAAGCCGCAGGCCGACAAUGAUGGUCUGAUUCUUAUCACGGCUGUGGUUACGUCUUGCAUUCGAGGUCUGAAAUUCUGUGGAUCGAAAUUGGCAACAUUAGAAGUCCUUCAGAACCUUGCUGAGCAUACAACUUCCGAAACCAUCCUGGAUCGCAUCCUCCCGUACAUUCUUCAUCUAGCGCAGGACACCACUCCACGGGUCCGUGUCAGUGCUCUAGACACCCUAACCUUAUGCCUAGGUCUGGUCAAGAACCUUUCGCGGAGCGAUGCCAACGUGUUUCCAGACUACAUCCUUCCGGCAAUUGCUCCACUGGCAACUGACAGUUCCACAAUGGUGAGAGUAGCCUAUGCUAAGAAUAUCGCCUCCCUGGCGGAGACCGCCGUUGGAUUCCUCGAGCAGUGUCAAUUCAGCUGCAGUUCCGAAAAUCACCCGGCACCGCACUAUGAAACCGAACUCAGCGCUCUUCACGAGAUGCUUCACCAAUCGGUGCUCUCCCUACUCACUGACCCACAGCCCAGCGUGAAGCAAAUGCUCAUGGAAUCGGGCAUCACCAAGUUGUGCGUCUUUUUCGGUCGCCAGAAAGCAAACGAUGUUAUCCUCUCCCACAUGAUAACUUUUCUAAACGACAAAGAGGACAAAAGCCUCCGAGGAUCCUUCUUCGAUUGCAUCGUAGGGGUGGCUGCCUUUGUCGGUUGGCACUGCUCUCCCAUGCUGAUUCCUCUGCUGCAGCAAGGGCUAACCGACCCGGAAGAAUUCGUUAUCUCGAAGGCGAUUCGAGCGACCACCUCUUUGAUCGAGCUCGGACUGAUCCAGAAACCGGGAAUCAUCGAGUUCAUUGCGGAAUGUGCAUGUUACCUGAACCACCCGAAUCUCUGGAUACGCCACGAGAUUGUUGGUUUAAUUUCCACGUCGGCUAGAGUGCUGAAUGCUCUCGAUGUUCAGUGCAAAAUUAUGCCAUCCAUUGCGAACCACCUGAAGAGUCCGCUCAUUCAGGUGGAGAAACCGGAACUGUUGAUGGAUUGCUUGCUGGCUCCGAUCCCCAGGAGUAUCUACGAUGCUGUGGUCAAGUGUCACGAUAUCAAUCAGUUGAUAGAGGUGCUACGGGAACGAAGAGUGGCCCGGAGCAAGUGCGGUGAUGGGUUCAUUCCGCAAUACGGGGAGAUGACGACGCAGAUGAAGAAUUUAUUCCGACGUCUUUCGACCGAAGGUCUUACCGACCUGAUCGAAUCGCAGCUACUUUCGAUGAGUGCCCACCUGAUCAAACUGCACCGCUACAAACUGGCGGAUACUCGGUUGCCACACAACAACGGACGAAUAUCGCUGGACGUGAAACCGGCUCACGUUCGCGAAAUUCUACUUUGCGAUCGCACCAACAAGCCCGAUCACACCACGAAAAACAAACAGCGCAAAAGCGAUUCGGACGUAACACAAGAAUGGCAGCACAUGUUCACCGCCGUAGAUUCACAUUCCCCCUCUCCGACUUCGCCGUCCAACGAUUCGGUUACGUCGGUUCUGGCCGUAGCGAAUCUGGCCCCACCGCCACAGCCAACGCCUACCUCCAGUCUGGUAGAGUACAGCAUGCCCGAGCGAACUGCCAUGCAAGAACGCUCCGCCGAAUGUAGACUAGAGUUUGAACAGCUUCUCAACAAGUUGAAAACUAGGUACGCUUCGUACGCCCUAAACAAGGAACAUCGAGACCCAGCGUUCAAUGCACAUCCUCUGCCCUCCGGUUGGAAAAUGAACGGAACGAUCGUAGCCCAUCUACAUGAGCACAAGGCAGCCGUCAGCCGGAUGACUACCUUAAAACCGUUCGGUUCGCUGUUUGCUACUGCUUCGAUCGAUUCCACCGUACGUCUGUGGGACUGUAACAAACUGGACGGACAGCAGUCUAUCAACCGCUCGCGGCAAUCGUACCAUGCAAACACUCCACUGCAUGCCAUUGCCGCGUGCGACGCCGGUCAAUCGUUGGCUAUUGCCGGCAAAGAUGGCGCUUUGCUACUGUUGAAGAUUGACACAAAUUCAAGCAAGAUGGCACUGCAGCAGGCACGGCAUCUAGAUUCCAGCACCCGGGUUGAUCGAAUCGGUGGGGAGCCUCAAGACGAUGGCCCAGUCGUAGAAAUGCAACCCCUAGAUCAGGGUGCACAGAGUGUAAUAGUGUAUGCAACACUCUACGGAGCAUUGGUUGGCUGGGAUAUCCGUAUGCCGGGCUUUGCGUGGCGAUUGGAAAGCGACCUUCGGAAAGGAGUCAUCACUACAUUCUGUGUAGAUCCAACCAGUUCUUGGCUAACGGUUGGCACCAGCAGUGGUCGACACAUCUGCUGGGAUCUACGAUUCCGACUACCAAUCGCAGAGAUUAAACAUCCACACGAUUCUCGAAUUCGACGAGUUUCGCAUCACCCUACGGAACCUUCCUGGUUGGUAUCUGCUUCACAGGGGAAUAACGAAGUCUACGUGUGGAAUAUCGAGACCGGCCAUCGGCAGCAGGCAUUCUGGGCCAGUUCCAGUCCACCGUUGUCGAACGCUAAUGUAUCUUCACAUUCCGUGUGCGCUCUGCUUCCCGGCGUAGUAGAUGGCAACGGGUUCCUGCUAACCGGAGGAACUGACCAACGGAUUCGCUCUUGGGACCCAGUAAAUGUAGAAAACUGUUCUCUUGUAGUGCCCGCUCCGAGGGAUUACCUGUCCACGUCGAACAUUUCCUACGAAUCCCGUCUGAUCGAUGGCACCCGAGUGAUCUCCGAGAUUCACUACAACAGCGGCGGAGGCUCCGGUGGACCUGACAGGAAUGCCAGAGCUGGCUCGGAGGACAUUCCGCGAUCAGGGCCUGAAAUGCCUGCUCCUGGACAUCACGAUGUGAUCAGUGAUAUGUUGAUGUGCCGAACAUCGAAGCAGACGUUCGUGGUGUCGAGCAGCCGGGAUGGAGUGGUCAAACUGUGGAAGUAAGUGAUAUCUAUAUUCAAUUCUCUAGUUGUGAGAUUGGCGUAAUAUAUUGGCUUUAUUAAAGUUUAUUCAAGUGUAA